ACCCGAAGAUGACAAACACCCGGAAAUGGCGAUGAAUGGGGAUGAACAGCUCUAUGCAGUCAUAGGGCAGAGGUUCUAUUUCAAAGCCCCUCCAAAGUGGGGGGAAGAGUGACAGGGACAGUGCCGGAGGGAGAGAGAGAUGUGGAAAGCAGGAAGGAGACUGGGCUGGAUGUUGAUAUAUUUGCAAUGAAGUGGGCUGCAUUGGAAACUGCCCUCAGCCCGGUUGGAGCUCAGGGACUUUUAUGUUUUGUGUGUGUGUGUGCGCAACGCUGUGUGCUGUUAACGGGCUAAUAAUGUGAAGGAUUGUGAACGUCAGUGUAGAGCUGGCUUUGCUUAUGACUAUAGCAGCGGCAGCCGCAGAGGGAGCUCAGACACACACACACACACAGAGAGAGAGAGAGAGAGAGAGAGAGAGAGACAGAGGGAGAGAGGAACAUCCUGCAAGCUGUUCCUGACACUGACCAGAGAGAAUUCUCCUGCCAUUUCUCUCCCUCCUCAGUCCCGGCUCUCAGACAACUUUUGGCUGUUUUAUUUUACAUAAUUUUUAUUUUAGUCCUUGCGUUCCCCCCCCACCCCCCCCCCCCCCCCCAACUCAGUACCUCCCCCUGGGACAUGGCCCGGGACCAUGCUCAGGGCAGACGGGGCUAAAGGAAGGCAGCUUCAGAGAGCAGGGGUCGUUAAUUCAAUCCUCACUUGCAGGGAGCGUCUCCCAUUCAUUCUCAAGGUGGGAGUUCCCUCAUGUACAGCCCCUUUGCUCUGGGUUGCAGUUAGCAGGAGUUGGGGGUGGGGGGGUGGGUUUGUUGUUCACACACACACACACACACACACACACACACACAGUGACAGGGGAUGAAUGAGCCAGGCUGUAGUGAGUUACCCUGAGCUCAGCCCCUCAAUGUUCCGCUCUGGAAGCUGCAUGUUGCUGAUAUCUCUCUGGCUCUACCUGCCCCAGUUUGCUGCUGCAAUGGGCUGUAUUAACAGCCUGGUCUGUAAACCCCGGGUCUGCCGUGAAUCCAUCUGCCUCAAGGAACUCUCCGCCACCAUCGACGACACCCCCACGGUCAUCGACGAGAGCUCGGACAUUGUGCUCCGGUACCGGACCCCAUAUUUCCGAGCGACCGCCCGGGUCUGCGUGCCCCCCAUCCUCCGGGCCGAGACCUGGGUGGUCGGCUGGAUCCAAGCCUGUAACUACAUGGAGUUUUACAACACGUACGGGGAUCUGGGCAUGUCCAGUUGGGAGCUGCCUGAUCUCAGAGAUGGACUUAUUUCAGCAAUAAGUGACUCGGAUGGAGUUAACUACCCCUGGUACGGAAACACCACAGAAACUCACACUAUUGUGGGGCCCACCAAAAGGGAAGUGCGUUUCACGGUCAGCAUGAAUGAUAACUUCUACCCCAGCGUCACCUGGGCUGUCCCAGUCAGCAGGUCUAACACUGCCCAGCUCACCAGUAUCAUGAGGGACCAAAGCUUUACCACAUGGUUAGUUGCCUCCAACACAGGCACAGGUGAAGUCAUUGUGCUGCAGACCAUCAAGUGGAGGAUGAAGCUUCACAUCGCUGUGGAUCCCAGCAAAGCGCUGGGGGAGCGGGCCGUGCUGCUGGAGCCCAUCAAGCAGGAGACCCCCUCGAUCCUCAGCAAGAAUGAGCCCAUCGCCCUCAAUGCCCUGAGGAAACCUAACGCCAACGACGCCCAGGUCUUGAUGUGGCGGCCCAGUGUGGGUCAGCCCGAAGUGGUCAUUCCCCCGAAAAUCUGACGGGCACUAGCGAGUGUGUCGACUUGCACAGGGGAGGGGGUGUUGGUAAUAGAGGUCCCCAAAGCGACACGCCUUCAUGAACCACGCACGAAAAAUACAACCGUUCUACCUUGAACUGGAAAUGGUUGUCGGAGUGUGCAGAGACCAUCACUGUGCUGCAAUCCGAUUGAUUAACUCAGCUACAACAAAAGGCCAUAGCACUGUGGGAUCAUCUCAUCAUAAAGACUCUUCCUUUGUCCUCGGCUCUCUCUGUCAAAGCAUUGCACAACUCCACAAAACUUUUACUGGAUCCUGUCCAGAACUGGAACUGCACUUGAACAUGAACUUUUGCGAUUUUAUUUGUUUUUGUAAAAGACAAACCUCUUCUCGCCAUGCUGCCUUAAGUUAGCAAAAGCAUCUCAUUGCAAAUGUUUGCCUUAAGAGAAAAAUGGGUCAAAGUAUUUCAUUGUGAGCAUAGAUUGAAUGCUGUCUCUUUAAUAAGCUGCAAUAUAUGACUGCAAACCACCAGCCUGUUUCAUCUCCAGAAUGUUUCUCACUUACAAUCCUGAAUUGUUUUAGUGUAAAUGGUGAGGUCCCACUAAACAGGUUUGGAUGGGGAAUCUAGUCAAUAUCAUCAUUGCUUAAGAAUCUUAAUGAAAGGUGACCAUAGCAACAUAGAAAAUAGGAGCAGGAGUAGGCCAUUCGGCCCCUUCCAUUCAACAUGACCAUGUCCAGGAGUUUCAAAUAAAUGGUCAAUUUGAUCAAACCAAGAUUCACCUCACACACACACAAAAUUCACCUCAGUUGUCCAAAAUCGGUGUCACUAAUCUCUGGAGGAUUAGUGGGGUUUUUUUUUUGAAUAGUAUAUAACUUACACAAAGCUGUUGCAGUUUCAAAGAUCUGUGUCACAGCUGCUAGCCCCCAGUUAAGAGUUCAACCCCGUGGAUCUAGAGGAUGAAGGGGUGACUUGGAAGGCCACACUUGUCCAUACAUUCUAGAACAGAUGGGCAGAAUGUCAUCCCUUCUACACAGUCAUCACAGAGAACCGUGCUGGUGUUUGUUUGUAUCCACACGUGUACGGGGCUGGAUUGGAUUUUUACUGUCCACAUGUCAACCAUCGAACUGGCAUCAUUCAUAACCGAGAGCAAGCCCAUUCAGCUCAUGUGCACCUUUCUCACACCAUCAGCAUAUCCAUCUAUUCCUCUAUUCCUCAUGCACUUGUCCAGCUUCCCCAUAAAUACAUCGACACUGAUUCAGUGUGGUGGCAGGUUCCACACUCCGGUGUGUUUCUUCUGAAUUCCCGAUUAGGUAGUGACUGUCAGGGGAUGUGGAGACAUCUCCAGUUUUCCCUGCACUAUUGAAGGCCUCGUCAGUUUUAAAGACCUCCAACAAGUCACCCAUCUGAUACUGCACUGACAGGAGAGUCUUUUCUGAGCGAUUUAUAGCUCUUGUGCGCCACAGGUAAUGUGACCUGAUCAAAAACAAUUCUGAGGCAUCAAGCGACAACUAGUCGGUCACAGGUAAGAUACUCAGCACAUUUUGUUUUUGGCUCUCAUGUGUCAGAUUGUGUAGCUCAUGACGCAAUGCAUCAAGACUCAUGUAUCUGUGCUGCUCCCCUCAUUGUGCAGCACAAACACAAACAGUGUUAAGGGUUAAUCAAGUCAAUAAUGUUAUUUAUAGAAUCAUGUGGCUGUAAAAGUUUUUGCAAACGAUUUAGGGCUCGGGGUGAGGGGGAUGUUGCCGAUACUGUGAUACACUGCAACACUCGCGCCUGAAUCUAGGAUGGGGUCCGUUUUCAUCUGAAGCUGUGAAAACUUGCGAAAAAAAAAUACACAAAGAAAAAUGCUCUUUGAAAGAGACAAUUAAAAACAAAAUGUGGAAAAACA